AAAAAAACAGGAAAUGUGGAGACAGUGCAGUUUCUAAAACCGACCUGCACGUGGCAGUAGUGAGCCAGUGGGAGAACAGUCAAUUCCGGUUUGUGGAAGCAGAAGAAGAAGCAUCAGCGUGUUAAACAUGGAGCGAAAACACAUGUCUGCAUUCUCUCUGUAUCAGGCUUUACAGCCACAACUGCCUCCUCCUGUUAAAAAAGCCAACUUACAGGUGGAAGUCAAGAAGAAAUCAAAGACCAAGUCCUCAAAAAUAAUUCCCUCUAAAGCUCAAUUGAGGGCCGAAAGACGCAAGAGGAAAAGGAAGCUUCUAAAAUCUGUGCAGAAAACCGAGGACCCGAUAGUGACAGCAGAUGUGAAUGCGGAGACGUGUGUGAACGGAGAGUCUUUGGAUGCUGUUCUGGUGGAGCUGGGCUCCAUCAGUAACAGCAGGGAGAGAGCCACCCAGAUGUUUCAGUGGCUCAUCCAUCCUGUUCCUGCAGCUCAUUUCUUUAGGGAAACUUGGGAAAAGAAGCCCAUCUAUGUUCAGCGCAGGAAUCCAGAUUAUUACAAAGGACUGUUCUCCACGGCUGAGUUUGAUCGUAUAUUGAGAGAGGAAAACGUUCAGUUUGGAGUGAACCUGGACGUCACAAGCUACACUAACGGCAAAAGGGAAACGCACAAUCCUCCAGGGAGGGCUCUGCCCUUCACUGUGUGGGACUUCUACGAGAGCGGCUGCUCCCUCCGCUUGCUGAAUCCCCAGGCCUUCUCCCACACAGUGUGGAACGUGCUGUCCGUCCUCCAGGAGCAGUUUGGCAGCAUGGCAGGAGCCAACGUUUACCUGACGCCACCUGGAACCCAAGGCUUUGCGCCGCAUUACGACGACAUUGAGGCUUUUGUGGUUCAGCUGGAAGGAAAGAAACACUGGAGGGUGUACAGCCCAAGGUCAGAGAAUGAGGUCUUGCCUGUACUUUCAAGCCCAAAUUUUGACCAGUCAGACAUCGGAAAGCCCAUCCUGGAUGUGGUCCUGGAGGCGGGAGAUCUUCUCUACUUCCCUCGAGGAUUCAUCCAUCAGGGCAAAUGUCUUCCCGAUGCACACUCUCUGCACAUCACCAUCUCCUCCUUCCAGAAGAACAGCUGGGGGGAUCUAAUGCAGAAGGUUGUUACGGCCGCUUUGGAAAUUGCAAUGGAAGAGGAUGUGGAAUUCCGUCGGGGUUUACCUCUGGACUACUUAACGUACAUGGGAGUGCAGAACUCUGAUAAGGAGGACCCCCGGAGGGUAAAAUUCCUCUCUCAAAUGGAGAAGCUGAUGAAGAAACUACCAAAUUACGCCCCGGUGGACGCUGCCGUCGACCAGAAAGCCAAAGAUUUCCUCCAUGACUGCCUGCCUCCUGUGCUUACUCCAGAUGAAUUUGCUACCAGUGUUCAAGGGGCAUCAGUUAGAUGGGUGAAUGGAAGGGUUAAGGGCACGGCGGCACACAUCACCACCCAAACCCUAAUAAGGCUCCUCCGGGCUGGGUGUGCCAGACUAUGCAGCGAUGGAGACGCCGUCCACCUUUAUUACACCAUAGACAACUCCAGAGUUUACCACAAAGAGGAGCCCAAGAGUUGGGAAGUACAAGCAGAGCACACAGAUGCUGUGGAGUUUCUUAUUCAUUCGUAUCCCAGCUUUGUGACUGUGGGAAGUUUGCCCUGUGAUUCUGCUCAGGAUAAAAUCGCCUUGGCUGAACUGCUUUUUGAGAAGGGGAUUAUCCACACUGAAGAACCUCUUCAGUCCUGAAAUGAUUUUGCUCCACAAACUACAUGAUCAAACUGAACAACAUCUAUAAAAUAAAAACUGUCAAAAGGUGUGCAGCGCCUCCACUUUAA